AUGCACUUCUCCGCCAUCACAGCACUCGGCUUGGGCCUCCUGGCCGCCCACGCCACGGCUAUUGCCGUCCCUGUCAAGAGGGACGUCGGUCUCAGCCUCCCCGUGACCGUGACCGUGACCGACACGCCUCUCCCCGUCACUGUGACCAUCACGACGCCUGUCACCGUCACCGCCACCGUGUCCAUCUCGGUGACGGCGGGUAGCAACUCAACGACCAACUCAACGACCAUCUCGUCAACCACGUCCGUCACGUCCACUACAUCCAUCACGACGACGACCGUUCUCUCGAUCGCCGUCUCGACAGCCGUCUCAGCCACCUCGGCCGUUCCCACGACGCCCCCGGCGCUCCCGACGCCCGAGACGCCCGAGACGCCCGAGACGCCGUCGACCGCCGGGCUGACCGCUGACCAGCAGAGGGCCCUCGAUCUCCACAACACCUAUCGUGCCGAGGUCGGCAGCCCGCCGCUGACCUGGGACGCCGGGCUCGCCGAGAGUGCGCAGGCGUGGGCCAACCACCUCACGACCGUCGGCAGCCUCGUGCACGACAAGAACCCGGGCGGCCAGGGCGAGAACCUGGCGCUGCAGUCGGGCGGCACCGACACCUACUACGCCAACGGCGUGCAGCUGUGGCUCAACGAGAAGUCGCUGUACGACGGCCAGCCCAUCCGUAGGGAGGGCACGCCCAACUACAUGGACUACGGCCACUACACCCAAGCCGUCUGGAAGUCCACCACCAAAGUCGGCCUGGCCCUUGCGACUGAUGCAAAGGGCACGGCUUACGUGGUCGCCCGCUACUCGCCCGCUGGAAACUUGUAA